UCCGCUCGUUGCCGCGCGAUUUAACAAGGAAAUUUUAAUUUUCGAUCGGCGCGCACAGGAGCUGCCGACGGAAUUCGAUCAGCACCACGCUCGAAUAUUUUGUGUGUAUUAUACGUACUACGACUUUGCCUGUGUUUGUAAAUAAUAAGUUUUGCGCUCGUAAAUCUCGUAUAAUGUGCUUGUGAGACUUUUGCCUGUGUGACCUGUGCGAUUGUUGACUUUAUUUUUUCGAAUUUAUGGGAUUAUUAGCACUGGCCGACAUGAACCAGCAACAGCUUCCUGAUAUUUUGAAUUUCGCGGGAAGGCCUACCAUGCACUCCGGACAUGUUCUCUCACAAGAAAUUCUAUCCAACGAUCUCCACAAAGUCAAAAUUGAACCUGAACUAGCCUAUUCUCUGCCUUCUUUGUCUACACUUCAUGGACAUGCGAUCUCUCCAGUUUCGAGCUUCAACAGUUUGAACGGCUCGGCUGGUCCGUUGCUAGGCAACGGCAAUAGCAACGCCUCCCACACCUCGGUGGAAUCGACGGAGGAGCCCGAUCGAGCAGCUUCGACCAGCUCGUGCCAGUCGCCGCAACCGCAGCCCUCCUCCUCGACAGCUUCGUCGACGACGAACAACAACAGCGGCGGCGGCGGCGGAAGCAGCGGCCAAAGUAAACCGCCAUACUCGUACGUGGCUUUGAUUGCGAUGGCGAUCAACUCGUCGCACGCCAAGCGAGCGACCCUGUCGGAAAUUUACUCCUACAUCACCUCCAAGUUUCCUUACUUCGAGAGGAACAAGAAAGGGUGGCAGAAUUCCAUCAGACACAAUUUGAGUUUGAACGAAUGUUUCGUUAAGGUUCCACGAGAGGGAGGCGGUGAAAGAAAGGGUAACUACUGGACUUUAGAUCCUACUUUCGAUGAUAUGUUUGAAAAUGGUAACUACAGACGGCGUAGGAGGAUGAAGAGACCAUACCGCUCUCCUCAACCAUAUCAUAAAGCUUUUUUCGGUGAUACUUUGGGACAGCAUGGUUUACCACUACCGCGGAAUAUAUUUACUCCUCCGUCAUAUCCACCCCAUUACUCCCGAUACGAUGCGGCAUCAUGGCUGGGCCAGCCGCCGCUUGCUACUUACACCAGCUGCAAUACCACCCCUACUUACCAGCAGCAACCAUACGCUACACCAACCCCAUUCAGUUCAUGCAGUGUGAGGCAAGACGCGCCAGGGAGGUAUCCUCCAUAUUGGCCCCCCGAUGCCGAAUACUCCCCCAGCUCGCAUAGUUCUCCGCCCUCGGACCCGCAGCUGCUCUUACAGUGGUGACCGUUCAGCAGCUGCAGCUAAACCGUGUGCUUCCUGCGAUCUGUUUGAAGCUGGUAGCUGUAAAAACGUAAUGUCAAAAUCAUGGUUUGUAACUGAAUGUUAGUGUCAUUUGAACCAGAGUGAAGAUACGUGCUUUUAUAUAUUGCAAUAAAUUUAGCUGUUAUGUUUUUGUCGAAAAUUGUUACUUUCAAAUUUGUUUUAAGCAUGUUGCUCAUAUCUUCUAACUAAGGUAGUUUUACGAUUACUGUAUAAAUUAAUUACCAAAAAAAUAUGUUUAAUUUUACUUUUUUUUGACGUAUUGUUUUCAUGUUUAUACACAUUUUGUAUUAUCAGUUUUUGAAAACUGUUUUUGUUUUGUGAUUCGUAUUUUUUUGCAAAAUGCAAUAUUAUUUAAUUACUUCAAACAAUUAAACCAAUGAUGUUACGUUUUUUAUAUUAUGUGAAGAACUUUUUCUCGUAGGAUAAUUAAUUAUUUUUAUAUGUUAAUUUUAGACAUGAACAAAGAAUAUUCUCGCUGCAAUAAUGUAAUAUGUAAAGUAAAAAGGAAUCAUGGCGAGGGUAGAUUUUGAACAUAUCUAGUUAAUUUUAUU